GCCCCUUCCUAAACCCUUGACCCCUGCCUUGUAGCCCCCGCAGUUUCCUGUUUGCCCAUUCUAUUUGCCCGGCCCAGGGACAGAGCUGAUCCUUGAACUCUCAGUUCCACAUCGCCAGAACCAGUGAGCAGUGACAGGGCUCAUCUGGGCUUAUCAGCCUUCCAGCCCAGCCCCUGCCUGGAGACAUAAAUAGGCCGGGAGGGCUGGAUGCUCGCUGAGAGACUAGCUCAGGGACUUUUCUAGGAGCUCCAGGGAGGUCACCCACGCCCUGCAGGAUGAAAGCUGUGGUGCUGGCCGUGGCUGUGCUCUUCCUGACUGGGAGCCAGGCUCGGCACUUCUGGCAGCGAGAUGAACCCCAGACCCCAUGGGAUCGCGUGAAGGAUUUUGCUACUGUGUAUGUGGAUGCCAUCAAAGAGAGCGGCAGAGACUACGUGGCCCAGCUGGAAACCUCUGUCUUGGGGAAACACCUAAACCUGAAGCUCUUGGACAAUUGGGACACCUUGAGCACCACCUUCAGUAAGCUGCGUGCAGAUCUUGGGCCGGUGACUCAGGAGUUCUGGGACAACCUGGAAAAAGACACAGAGUGGCUGAGGCAGGAGAUGAACAAGGAUCUGCAGGAGGUGAAGCAGAAGGUGCAGCCCUACCUGGACAACUUCCACAAGAAGAUGCAGGAGGAGAUGGAGCGUUAUCGCGAGAAAGUGGGGCCCCUGGGCACCGAACUGCGCGAAGGCGCUCGCCAGAAGCUGCAGGAACUUCAGGAGAAGCUGACCCCGCUGGGCGAGGACCUCCGCGACCGCGCGCGCGAGCACGUGGACACGCUGCGCACGCAGCUGGCGCCCUACAGCGACGACAUGCGCCAGCGCCUGACCCAGCGGCUCGAGGCGCUCAGGGAUAGCACCACCUUCGCUGAUUACCAGGCCAAGGCCAGUGAGCACCUGAAAACGUUCAGCGAGAAGGCCAAGCCCGCGCUGGAGGACCUUCGCCAGGGCCUGCUACCCGUGCUGGAGAGCCUGAAGGCCAGCAUCCUGAGCUCCAUCGACCAGGCCACCAAGCAGCUCACCGCCCAAUGAGGUGCUCUCGGCUGCCGCUGCCUCCUCCCCUUCCCAGCUUUCACUUUCUUAGAAUAAACAUUUCCAGAGUGGGAAA